UGCCAACGAUGGCGUCGUUUAAUUUAACUUCAAUUACCAGUGCCCUCUCCGAUCUCGAUCAGCACGGUGUGAAAUGGGUUGGAAAAGCAUCGAAGUGGGGAACGGAAGCAGAAGCCAAAGAGCUAAUAGACGCCAUAAAUGCUUGCAAGGAUAUGCGUUUUCUGAACCUGGAAGGAAACACGUUGGGUGUGGAGGCAGCGAAAGGGAUUGGCCGAGCGCUGGAAAAGCAUCCCGAACUGAAGCAAGCCCUUUGGAAGGAUUUGUUCACCGGGCGCAUGAAGGAAGAGAUCCCGAUUGCACUGAAAGCGCUCGGACAGGGAAUGAUCACGGCCGGUGCCCAGCUUACCGUGCUCGAUUGUUCCGACAAUGCGCUCGGUCCGAAUGGAAUGGUUGGGCUGGUGGAUCUGCUCAAGAGUCCAACAUGCUAUACACUUGAGCAACUGAAGCUAAACAAUUGUGGUCUGGGCAUCCAAGGUGGAACGAUGCUCGCGGAAGCAUUAUUGGAAGGGCACAGCGCAAGCAAGCGUGUAGGUAAACCACUCGCCCUGAAAGUGUUCAUCGCUGGCAGGAAUCGAUUAGAAAAUGCGGGCGCCAAAGCCUUGUCGGAAACGUUCGCCACGAUCGGUACGCUCGAGCAGAUUGAAAUGCCACAGAACGGAAUCUAUCACGUGGGCAUAACAGCGCUCUCGCAAGCCUUCAAACAGAACACCAAGCUGCGCAUUCUUAACCUGAACGACAACACGAUCGGACCGAAGGGUGCGGCGGCCCUAUCGAUCGCACUACAGGAGCUGCUCGAGCUGAGAGAACUUAAUUUUGGUGAUUGUUUGUUAAAAACCAAAGGAGCGACUUUGAUCGGUGAAGCCCUCCACGAAGCACAUAAAGAGCUGGAGGUAAUGGACUUUGGAUAUAAUGAAAUCGGUCCGGAUGGUGGCUUUGCGUUGGUAAAUGCUACCGCAAACAAGAACAAGCUCCGAUCUCUCGUAUUAAACAGUAAUCAAUUCGGUGAAGAAUGCUGCAUUCAGCUGACGGAACUGAUGCACGAUUACGAGCGGGACGGUGUGUUGGAGCUGGACGAGGAUAUGGGCGAUGGGGACGAAGAGGAAGAGGAGGACGAUGAUGAUGAUGAGGAAGGUGAGGAGGAGGAAGAUGAGGAGGAUGUGGGAGAGGACGGCAGCGAUGAGGAGGAGGACGACGAAACUGUUGACCAUGAGGACGAGGAAGAGGAUACGGACGAGCGAGAGGAGGAUGAUGCGGAAGAAGCACUUCUAGCCCGGCUGAAGGAACGCAGCAUGAAGACAAAUGGAACCGGUAACGAUACCGUACCCCUCGACACAUCCACCGUAUCAAUCGAUCUGGACGCCACACUCCCGAAUACGGUCGAUUCCUUCAUCCGGCAACACUAUCCUUCGGAAACGAUGUUCCAAUCGCUACCGGACAAGGACAAGGUGGCCGCUUUUCGCGACUAUUUGAAUGCAUUAUCGAAGGACGAUUAUCUGGUGCAUACGGCGUUCACCAUCGUCAAGUGUUCGGAGCUCUGCGAAAGCCAACCGGCGGCGCUCGAUGUAGCGCUGGCCCUGUACAAGGAUGCGUUCGAGUUUGCGAAGGCGAACAAACGGUUGAAGAGCUUGCGCGAUUUUAUUCUCAUUCAGCUCGGUUUGCUCAAGCCGGAAGAUCGUAGCUUCCGGUUGAACUAUAACGUGCAGCUCUGCCAGCGUGCGUUACGUGCUGCAAUAGAGCAAAAUCUUAUCCCGAAAGAGGAAACCGAAAUUUUCGAAACGUUUCUCAAUCGUGUAGGAUAG